AAUGAAGAGUAAAGUUCGGCACGAGAUAGAAACUAACGUAAGUGGAGCAAAGCAGGAACUGUGCAAUCCACCCCGAUUCGAAGAGAAGUCAUCUGCAACUCGGAGAGGAAUUUCAUACGGAGCGUUAUUUUCACCCUUCCCUCUGAAUUUCCGGCAGUCGCUCCUAUUGUAAAUCAGAGAAAGAGAGAGAGCCGGAGAGGGAAGACAAGUUCAGGAUGGUGUGUUUGGCGUGUCUACUGCCGCUGUUUCUCGUCCCAAUCGUCAACCUUUUGCCCCUACUCUUUGAUUACAUCCUGGGAAGAGUUUAUGGGCUUUUUGGAUGGGAAUACAGGAAGCCACAGAGGGCUCCUCCGUCAUGUCCAUACAAGCCUGGGGCUAGAAAGGAUGUGAGAGGUGGUGCAGAAGCUGGACCCCUCUCAUCAGAACCUGUCCCAAAAGCUGUCAAAGAAGAAGCUGAAACUGGACCGUCGGAGCCUGCCCCAAAGUCGGUGGUAGAUGAGAAGCUUGAUUAAUUUUGAUUGCUUUGCGUCCGCGAACAUAAUAAAAUGAAGGUCAAGAGCUGCAGCCGAAGCACUGAACUGCAGGCCACUUGAAUUCAACUUGGCAAUUGUAGCAUUUCACCUUUUAGUUUAUUUUGAUUAGCAUUUCGAAUUGAACUGUUUGGCGUGGCAAACUAAUAAUAUUGAUGGGUUUGGGUGGAGAUUCUGAAGUCCUACUAAAAUACUGCAGCUUCAUUAAACAAACGCCUUUCUUAAGUUGUAUACCAAGUGACUGACACUAAUAGACAAUAAAAUUAAUAACUUAUUUAUAA